AUCGUCAUCACCCUGCGCCCGCUGAAGGUCAUAUGAUCCCGGGUGAGUCUGAUUGGUUGAACCGAGUGAAGCAUUUUUAGACAAGGAAGUAGUCAAAUAUGUGACAGUACAGUCUAGUUUAGAUGCAAAAUAAACAUGAUUUCAGGUGCGUUUUAUGCAUUAUUAGCGGGCUUUCUUGGAGCCGUCGCUUCAUCGUCAGCCAAGCUAUCUCUGGGAUCAGAUUACCUCAAAGGGAUGUGUGAAACAGGGCUGAAAACCUGGUCUCAGGAUGGAGACUACAGGAUUAUACAGGAGGAAACAUCACCCUGCGAAUGGCUCCACAUCCCUCUGCGGUUGCUGUGUGGAGGACUGCUGUUCACCAGUAAUGCUGUGAUGUGGACCUUCUUCUCCAAGGCUCUGAGACACUCCUCCUCCUCGGCCCGGGCCACGGUCACCACCACCGCAUCCAACUUUGUAUCCUCUGCAUUCCUUGGGAAGCUGAUCUUUGGCGAGAUCCACGCAGCACUGUGGUGGGUGGGCAUCUCUCUAACGCUCUCAGGUUUACUGGUGCUGCACGGAUCAACUUCUCAACCAGCAGAGGCCAACAAGGAAGAGUGAAGGACUGUCCACAUGUGGAAUAAGAAGUGUAAUAACAAUACCACUGUAUCGAUCACCCCACCUGACCGCCUCGCCGUUCCACCAACGCUUUCUGGCUCAAAUAAUCUGGAUUUCACGAGAACCAUGUUCUAUUACCACAAAGGGCUUUGAUGUUACUCCUGACUGUACAUGGAUUCUAACAUGUUACAUCCGACUGUACAUGGAUUCUAACAUGUUACAUCCGACUGUACAUGGAUUCUAACAUGUUACAUCCGACUGUACAUGGAUUCUAACAUGUUACUCCUGACUACAUGGAUUCUAACAUGUUACUCCUGACUACAUGGAUUCUAAUAUGUUACAUCUGACUGUACAUGGAUUCUAACAUGUUACAUCUGACUGUACAUGGAUUCUAACAUGUUACAUCCGACUGUACAUGGAUUCUAACAUGUUACAUCUGACUGUACAUGGAUUCUAACAUGUUACAUCCGACUGUACAUGGAUUCUAACAUGUUACAUCCGACUGUACAUGGAUUCUAACAUGUUACAUCCGACUGUACAUGGAUUCUAACAUGUUACUCCUGACUACAUGGAUUCUAACAUGUUACUCCUGACUACAUGGAUUCUAAUAUGUUACAUCUGACUGUACAUGGAUUCUAACAUGUUACUCCUGACUACAUGGAUUCUAAUAUGUUACAUCUGACUGUACAUGGAUUCUAACAUGUUACAUCUGACUGUACAUGGAUUCUAACAUGUUACAUCUGACUGUACAUGGAUUCUAACAUGUUACAUCUGACUGUACAUGGAUUCUAACAUGUUACAUCUGACUACAUGGAUUCUAACAUGUUACACCCGACUGUACAUGGAUUCUAACAUGUUACAUCCGAUUGUACAUGGAUUCUGACAUGUUACAUCCGACUGUACAUGGAUUCUGACAUGUUACUCCUGACUACAUGGAUUCUAACAUGUUACAUCCGACUGUACAUGGAUUCUAACAUGUUACAUCCGACUGUACAUGGAUUCUGACAUGUUACAUCCGACUGUACAUGGAUCUGACAUGUUACUCCUGACUACAUGGAUUCUAACAUGUUACAUCUGACUGUACAUGGAUUCUAACAUGUUACAUCUGACUACAUGGAUUCUAACAUGUUACAUCUGACUGUACAUGGAUUCUAACAUGUUACUCCUGACUACAUGGAUUCUAACAUGUUACAUCUGACUGUACAUGGAUUCUAACAUGUUACUCCUGACUACAUGGAUUCUAACAUGUUACAUCCGACUGUACAUGGAUUCUAACAUGUUACACCCGACUGUACAUGGAUUCUAAUAUGUUACAGCCAACAUGUUUCUAUUCUGUCUUACCGUCUCUGGGUAUUGAUAUGACCAAGGUCUGCACUCCACACAAACAUGAUCAGUCUUUUCUACACUCCACAUUAUUAUGCAAACAAAUCAUUUUUAAUAGUACCGUUGAGAUGUAUAUUUUAUUGACAAUAUUGUAAUGACCUGCAAGACUAAAUGGGUAUCAAUUUAUUGAAAUUAGAGUUUUGUAAAUAAACCUUUACAUGAAAUA